CUUCCAUUUGCGCAUGCGCAAAUCUUGGGCGCCAUCUUGGACAGCGAAACACGGGGACUCUGUAUUUAAACGAAUCACAACAAAGAUAUCAGGUUGGUUACCAUGGUGACCAAAGCUCUUAACCGACCGCGCACCGCAGUGACAAUGAGAAGGAGGAGGAGAGAUGUGAGUCACCGACACUGAACAGAGCAACUGACCCAGAAAGAGACGACCACAGAUAAGAAUCGUAAGCCUGUGAAUUUGCUCCCCGUUGCUUCAACUUAUUGGGCAACCACACUGUUGCUUUAACCUGAGGCUUCAGAGCUCCUGCAGCAGCCACAGCAAAGGCAGCAACAGCUACAGCAAGGACAACAGCAACGACAGACAGCUUCAUCAAGAAUAUUAGCACCUGCAUUUGAUACAUACAACAAGCAGCAACAGCUACAGCGAGGACAGCAGCCACGACUGCAGGAUUAGCAAUAGCAACACCCAAAAUAGAAACAUUUAGAGCAAAAGCAGUAGCAGCAACUACAGCAGCAUUAGCUGCCACUACACCAACAUCUGAAACUGCCAGCACAGCUGCAACUACAGCAACAGUUACAUCCACCGCAGUAGCAACUACGGAAAGAGCAACAGCUGCAGCUACAACUACACCGACAGCAGUAACAUUUACAACACAGCAACUACAUCAACAAUAGUAGCAGGUACAGUUAGAGACAGCAGUAGCUUUGGCAACGGGCUUCCAGGACGUUGCUGUAAUAUGGACAACAUGUUUAAAUUUACCAGUGACCAGAGCUACAGGCAGUGAGUGCAACUAAGAAAACAACAAUGGAAAAGUAAACAAACUCAAGUACUUCAUCACCGAGCGACCAGGCUGUGAUCACGGUUCUUGAAUAAUGGGCCCAAAAACAAUUUAACCUUCAACAGCAUCCAGCAGUUUCAGGUCAAGUAAAGCUCCGGUCUUUUGACUUCAUCUGUUGGCGAUAAAGACAACUGCUAAUAGGAUGGACCAAAACAAAGAGGUAGAGUCUGACCGGGAGGUGGAGGGCAAGGUGCAGACCUGGGCUCAGUCCCUAGUUUACACUCUGGAAGAGCUGGAGUGUAAAAUCUGCUACAACCGUUAUGACACCCGCAGCAGGAAACCCAAACUGCUGGGUUGUCUCCAUCGAGUCUGUGCCAAGUGUCUGAAGAAAAUGGUGGACAUGGGAGAGUCGUCUCCGUCUAUCAUCACAUGUCCAUUCUGUCGCCACGAGACGCAUGUCCCUGAUGAGGAGGUGUGGCUGAUGGAGGAUGACCGUCACAUCCUCGCUGUUCUGUCAUGUCAGGACCAACUUCGUCGAGGUAGAGGAAAAGGAGGGGAGGGAGGAGGAGGAGGAGGAGGAGGAGGCGAGGUAGUUCGGAGUCCAGCCGCUCUGACCAGCAACAGCGUGACAACAGCCACUCACCGCUCCUCCGACUGUCUGGUCAUCACCAUCAUGGAGCUUACAGAAGAUUCUCCAUCCUCGGACUCACUGAACACACUCAACGUGCUGUACCGCCCGCAGAGCCCCGCCCUCGACUCGCUGCCCUGUGACCCCCCAACGCACAAGUGUCACAGCUGGACAUCACGCAGCUGUCCACGCUGCCUGCUGGGUGCCCUGUGUCUGGUGUACUUCAGCUCUUUGCCUCUGGGGAUUUACUUGCUCAUGAUUGGUCAGCUGUGGAUGGGCGUGGUCCUGGUCAGUCUGGUCCCAUGCACGCUGUUGCUGCUUGUCCUCUACGGUUUCUGUCAGUGUCUGUGCACUGAGUUGAUGGAAGUGCUCGCCACGUGCACAUGUCUGGUGUCAUGACAGCUGGUGAACACACACACAACAAGAAUACCGUCUAUAGCGACACUCACCCAACUCACCUGUGCAGUAUGACUCCGCCUACAUCCGAAAACCAGCAUUACACGCUCAAAACAAAAGCCAAUCACAGAGAAGGGGCGGAGCCUCUGUGAUGCUUUACUGUGAAUUGUUUUUUGUUUUUUUUUGCCUCCUGCCAUAAGAACUCUACUUCAAUCAUUUGCCAAUCACGUCAUCACCUGCGGAUAACAUCUAAUGACAAGUCCAGAUCUGUUGUCAUAGCUUAGCAAAGAGUUGAGCAGGGGCUGGACUGGCUGCUGUCACCGUGUCAGCAGCUGCCCCCACCUCCAAACACAACCAUGACUAAGUAACAGCAACAUAGGCUACAAUACUAGCGAGUGUUGUGUCUUACUUUCAAAGCACUUUGGUCAAAGCUCUGGGCCUAUUGGCUGAAUUCUAUUAGACUGUUUGCAUAGCUGAGGUCAUUUUGAACGAAAUCAGAUGUAAAGAUUUUAAAGAUAAAAAAAAAAAAGUUAUUUCUUCAUAGGUAUUUUAUAUUUGAAUGUUUUGUUAGGCUAAGCUAAAAAAAAAAAAAGGUUAUCCUUCAUCUGCCUGUUUGUGCUAAGCUAGGCUAACAGCUCUGGACAAGACUGCAGUGUUUUAUUGUCUGGUUUUUUUUUUUUUUUUUAAUGUGCCACUGUAUUGCAAUUAUAUCUGUGAUAAUGAUGAAGGGGAUUAUGACCAUGAUGGUUACAGUGUCAGAAGAAUGGUGAUUGAUGACUGUAUCCUAACCAUAAAUUUGAUUGAAAUAAAGACAAAAUCAAUGAUAAACAUAUAUUUAUCGACAACAAUGCUACGUGACAGUACAAGACAUGAUUUUUUUUCCUAAAUUUGACACACCCUGGUUACUUCCCUUGUUGUUGUAAUACAUUUGUGAUGGUGAUGUUAAA